UCCAUAGAGCUUCCAAUCCGCUCUCCCUAGCUGUAGUUUAUUUGUAUUGUUUAGUACCGAUAACUCCUUAUUUAAUAAAGACAUCCGACUCAUCAGCAACAAGUAAAGGCUGCAUUGGCAGCCAAUAGCCUAUAUUCCACAUUUAUUGACAAAAGUACUUUAGUGUUAAGCGGACUCUCGACUUGAGUCGUUAAUCAAGUCAUAAAGCCUUUACGUGCCGUUUCCUGUACAAUUUUUUCUACGUGGUUAUUUAUAAUUAAUGAUCCCUUGUGACGCACUUUCUGCAUAUUACGCUGAGCUUUGCAUCCAUAUUCCUAAUAAAUUAGCUCUGGACUUCAACGGUGAGCAGAUACCAAAGCAGAUCUUUAAACCAUGCCGCAAAUACCUGUAUCCUUCUGCAAGGAGGAAAGGAUCUGGAGUGGGCCGACGGAGAAUUCAAUAUUCAAGGAAGAUGCUUCAUUGGGCGCAAUCAUAUUCAACAAUAUGAAAAACUGGCCCAAUAACGUCUGCCAAAUAUGGGAUAGCACCGGAGAGGAAAUAACCUUCGGCCAAGUGCUCACCUGGGCCAUUCGUAUUGCCCAGUUCUUCAAGAAACGCGGUCUUAACCACAAGGACAUCAUUGGAAUAGCCGCCGAGAAUUCCAAGUACUUGAUGUCCUUGGGAGUGGCCUGCACGAUGAACGGAACCCCGUUCCAUUCACCCCAUCAAAUGCUGAGCGAGGACACAGUAAGACACGAGUUAUCCAUUACCAAACCAGCUCUGAUAUUCUGCGAUGGAAAUGUCUAUGAGAAAGUCCGUUCAGCAACCUCUGGGUGGCAGCCAGAGUUCUUCACACUGACCGAUCACCGCGAAGGAGUGCCGAGCAUCGAGUCACUCUUGGAACCCACUUCAACCGAAGAUUCUUACAGGCCCGAACAGCUGAAGGAAGGCGGUGGUCAGACGGUGGCCAUCCUGUGCUCCUCGGGAACGACUGGUCUGCCCAAGGCGGUCUGUAUAGCCAACUGCAGGCUGAUUCCAACAGCAACUAGAACCGUGAAUGGCAACUCCACAUAUUUCGCCUUCACCGCUCUGCACUGGAUCUCAGGACUGUUGUCCUUCGCCCACAACGCAGUACUGGGGCUAACCCGCAUUAUGAGUCCGGAGCCAUUUAAUCCUGAGAACCUCUUGCGGCUUCUGAAGAAAUACAAGAUCGACGUAUUAUCCUUAAUGCCUCGGCAUAUCAAUGUGCUGAUUACACAUCCGAAUGCCACCUUAGAAGCCUUUUCCUCGCUACGCGUCGUGAUCUUCGGUGGCGGAUUCACUGCCACCUCCACUCUGGAGCGAUUUCAGAAACUCUGUCCCAACGCCGAGCUUGUGCACUCCUUUGCAAUGACAGAGGCGGGUCAAGUAGCACUAGGGUUCGGUAUCGAGAGUGGCAACAGUGUGGGCAGGCCUUAUCCAGGUGUAAAAGUUCGCAUCGUGGGCGACAACGGAGAGAACCUGGGACACAACGAGCUGGGAGAGAUCUAUGCGCUUACGGGUCGAGUGUGGAAUGGAUACUACGGGAAUCCCGAGGCGACGGAGAGCCUACAGGACGCGGAGGGCUGGUUCCACACCGGCGACCUGGGAUACUUCGACGAGCAGAACCUGCUCUAUGUAGUGGACCGCUGCAAGGACAAUCUCAAAUACCAGAGCAUUCACUACUGGCCGAGCGAAAUCGAAAGCGUAAUAUCAGAGCUCGACGAGGUGCAGGAGGUUUGCGUGGUUGGCGUUCCCAAUAAACUCACCGACGACGAUGCUGGUGCCCUGGUUGUCAGGUGCAAGGGAUCGACCAUUAGUUCUCAGGAUAUCGUGGAUCACGUGGCUAGGCGGCUGACUGCGGUGCACCAUCAGCUUCACGCUGGGGUCCAAUUCACGGACUCCAUCCCUGUAAACUCCAAUGGGAAAAUGGUUCGCAGAGCCGCACGCGACCUGUUUAUGGCCAAAAAAGCUGUUAGCCAAUAGAAAUAUUGGUUUCGCUGAACCAAAUCAAUAGAAAAUACAUGUGAUAUCCCGGUGCACUCAAGGAAUAUUACCUUAAUAUCAAGGUGACAAAGAUACCACUCGUACUUUAUUUUUGGCGACAGUCAUAAGACCUUUCGAUUAUCAUGAAAUACCAAAACAAAUGCUAUUUUUGAAGCCGUAAAAUUUGUUAUUCUUCCUGCUAGGAGUACGUCGCAUAUAUAGAUAUGGAAAACUACUGACAACACUGAACCUUAUCGAGUUAUCGUCUUAUUAGCUGAAUUUUUGCCAAUAAACAAGUCGCGCGACAACCUGGACUCCGGCACGGUGUUAAUGGACUCUGGGCCAUCGCCAGACCAUAUGAUCCACAAUCUCCUUUCAUGUUUUCGCUGACAGAGCCAAAAAUAUUCCUAUUCUAAGACCAAGAUAACCAUUUCUUAAAUUAAAAACGCUUGAAUUAUUAAUAUUUAGUUUUAAGACAGAUAUGAAAAUUUAAAAAUUAACCCGUUGUGACUAUCGCACUAAUUUAUAGGAUU